CCGUCCCGCUUUUCACUCAUUUGUGCUUUUUAAAAAUACCCUCCCUUUGGGCUGAACGGGCCCUGCUUGGGGUCAGGUGGCAGGUGAAGACUUUGCCAAAGUCUGAAGACCAUCCACCCCUUUCGGCUGUUUUUUGAUCCAGGGGAUCAGGGGAAGAUAGUGCUUCUACCUCUUAAAAAAAAUAUGUAUGAAUACUUUUGUGCAGGGAAAUCUCUAAGCCAACCUUCAAAACACCAAAUUGCCCUUAACAGAAGAAAUGCCCAAGGACAUUAACUGCAAUAUUAAGGUUACAAACGAAGGCCCCAGGCCUGCACACACAUAAACAGAAAUGUCUCACUCUGAAAACAAAGGGCUGAUAUUGGGCAUAAUGGCAGGGGCUGCCGGAAUCAGCUUGGUACUGGUUUGGUAUCACAAGAUCCGAAAAUCUGGGGCAACUAUACAUUUUCCUGCAUUUCUAGAUUUACGCAACAGAUUUCAGUAUGAGUUUCAUUUUGCAAAUCUACAUAAUGAGCAAGGAACAGUAAUGGCUUUACAAGGAAGACAGCUUCAGAUACUGGAAAAAUUGAAUGACUUACUACUGAAUGUGGAAGAACUGAAGAGAGAGGUGAAGUUUCUUAAAAAAGCUGUUCCAAAGCUGGAAGAGCUUGUUCGAGAUGAACUGCAAGGGCAGGCUGGUGUUCGUCGGACUAGCCCUUUACACAGAGCCACCAGAAAAAGAAGAGUUGAGACAGCUUAUGGUGCAACAGAAACUACCAGCUCUGAGGAGGCAGAUAGUGAAGGAGGCUAUAUUACAGCUCACACUGAUACUGAAGGAGAAUCUGAAGAAGAAAGGGGAUGGAUUAGUUUACCUGCAGCAUCUGCAAGAACAGAAAAGGAAACAGAAUUAUUUAAUCUUCUGCAGCAGGUGGACAGUUUGCAUUGUGGUUCAGAUGAUGAUAAAAAGGAGAGCUUCAGACUGUUACUUGAGAAAGAGGAAAAGUAUGGAAACCAUCAGGGGUUUCUUUGGAGACUUGCACGAGCUUAUGGAGAUAUGUUUGAGAUGACUACAGAUGUUGAAGAAAAGAAGAAAUAUGUUGCUGAUGGAAAAAUUGUAGCUGAAAAAGCUAUUCAGGUGGAUACUAUGUGCGCUGAUAGCCACCAAUGGUUUGCAAUUAUGUGCGGCUAUAUGUCUGAGUUUGACAGUAUACAAAACAAAAUCAAGAAUGGCUGUCUCUUUAAGGAACAUCUAGACAAAGCAAUUGAACUUAAGCCUCAAGAACCUUUUUUAUAUUACCUAAAUGGAAGAUGGUGCUAUUCAGUAGCACAGUUGUCUUGGAUUGAGAAGAAAGUAGCCGCUACUCUUUUUGGGACUCCACCAACUUCAACAGUACAGGAAGCUUUGCAGAAUUUCCUUAAGGCUGAAGAAAUGCAUCCUGGAUAUUCCAAAUACAAUUAUGUGUAUUUGGCAAAGUGCUACAAAGAUCUUGGCCAGAGAAGCAAUGCACUGAAAUACUGUGAUUUUGCAUCAUCAGUGUUACCAGUUACCAAUGAGGAUAAAGAGGCCCAGAAAGAUUUAGAAGCUUUACUUUUAACGCUGCAGCUGUGACGAAAAGCACUUCUAGCUCUUCAUGCUGUGAUGAUAUUGUAGAAGAACCAUAGAAACUAGUCACUCGGAGUCUGAACCAAAGCUCAUUGAAGCUAGUGGAAAGACUACCAUUGACUUCAGUCAUUUUUGGAUCAGGCCCUGUAAGUGGAUGGCAAUUUGGGUAUGAAAAUGAUGCAUUAUAUCUUUUUGAUUCAUAGCUUUAUUUUUAAUUUUUGGAUCUACAGUUUGUUUUAAAUUAUUCUUGCUGGAAGUAUAAUCUCUCAUUAUGAAGUCUACUGCUGGCAAUGGACACCACAUAGGCAAGAACGCCAAAUGCAUUAACUGUGUUCUUGGAAUAAUUAAUCAACUAAACUGCAAUGCUAGCACAGGAUUAUAUGAAGCAAUUUAUUUGUUUCUACAUUAAAUUAUGUUUCUACCAAUUGAUCUAUAUAAAUGUAUAUGAAGGUACAUCAUAAACAUAUGUAUGUGUGUGCCUCUGCUUUUAUUCACAAGAAAUGUAUAUGACUGAUGGAAGUUAAGGAAAAAGGGAUAGUCUUAAAAAACUAUUUUUACUUUAGCCUAUUUUUGAUUUUAGAUGGAAAUGUGAAAACUUUAUAAAUCAUGUUUUAAAGUCAUAUUUUAUGUUACUUGAAAGGAAAAUAUUAAAAAUUGGACCAAUGAAAUGAAAUAUUGUGGUUAAAUCUGUUAGAAUUGUGAUACAUGAGCCCCACCAGGUAGAUGAAUCCUGGUAAUUUGUCUUUGAAUAAUCGCCUGUUGCGGUAUUGUCAGUCUGGCUUUGAGA